CCAGAGCCAGAGGGUCCCAGGUUUCCUCCACAUACACACCUGGGGGCGGGAAAGUCAAGGAGUGGUUGCUAAAAAGGGGGAGGCCAACUGGAGGAUAAACAGGUAGCCAUAAGUUUGAGUGAUUGGAGCCCAAGUACCCUACACAGGAAUGGUUGGGGAGGAGGAGGAAAAGAUAGGGGAGGGGGCGGAGUUUUGUCACCUGUCACCUGCUCUGGCUGUGCCUAGGGCGGGAGGGGUACUGGUAUAAAGCAGCAGGCACCAGAGCUGCUCCACCGCACACGCCACAGCGCCUGCCUUCCCGCCUGUUCACCACCACCAUGACCCCAGGCAUCCGGGCUCCUUUCUUCCUGACGCUACUUCUAGCGCUUUUAACAGAUCAAAACAAUGUCACCUUAUCUCAGACCACCAAAAGUUCCUCAACUUUGAAUACCACUCCAGUCCACACUGGCUCCCCAGCCCCAGCCACCAGCUCUACAGUGGACUCGGCCACCACUCCAGUCCACACUGGCUCCCCAGCCCCAGCCACCAGCUCUACAGUGGACUCGGCCACCACUCCAGUCCACAGUGGUGUCUCUGUCCCAGCCACCAGCUCUACAGUGGACUCAGCCACCACUACAGUCCACAGUGGUUCCUCAGCCCCAGCCAUCAGCUCUACAGUGGACUCGGCCCCAGGCACCAGCUCUACAGUGGACUCAGCCACCACUACAGUCCACACUAGUUCUUCAGCCCCAGCCACCAGCUCUACAGUGGACUCAGCCACCACUACAGUCCACACUAGUUCUUCAGCCCCAGCCACCAGCUCUACAGUGGACUCGGCCACCACUACAGUCCACACUAGUUCUUCAGCCCCAGCUACCAGCUCUACAGUGGACUCGGCCACCACUCCAGUCCACAGUGGUUCCUCAGCCCCAGCCACCAGCUCUACAGUGGACUCGGCCCCAGCCACCAGCUCUACAGUGGACUCAGCCACCACUACAGUCCACACUAGUUCUUCAGCCCCAGCUACCAGCUCUACAGUGGACUCGGCCACCACUCCAGUCCACACUGGCUCCCCAGCCCCAGCCACCAGCUCUACAGUGGACUCGGCCACCACUCCAGUCCACAGUGGUUCCUCAGCCCCAGCCACCAGCUCUACAGUGGACUCAGCCACCACUACAGUCCACACUAGUUCUUCAGCCCCAGCCACCAGCUCUACAGUGGACUCGGCCACCACUCCAGUCCACAGUGGUUCCUCAGCCCCAGCCAUCAGCUCUACAGUAGAUUCGGCCCCAGCCACCAGCUUUACAGUGGACUCGGCCACCACUACAGUCCACACUAGUUCUUCAGCCCCAGCCACCAGCUCUACAGUGGACUCGGCCACCACUACAGUCCACAGUGGCUCCUCCAUCCAAACCACCAAGGCUAUGUCAGGCUCAGCUAACACUCCAAUCCAUAAUAACAUCUCUACAAUGGCUGCUACAACCCCAGUUGGCAAUAGUACUCAAUCUUCAAUCCCAAGCCAGCACCCUGGUACUCUUACCACUCCUGCAGUCUCCAGCAACACCACUAUUGCCCAUAGCACUUACUACAGCACAGCAUUCCCCCCCACCGUCUCCGUCUCCAGCGCUAGCUCACCCCAGGUGUCUGCUGGGGUCUCCUUCUUCUUGUUGUCUUUUCACAUUUGGAACCAUCAGUUUAAUUCUUCCCUGGAAGAUCCCAGCUCCAACUACUACCAAGAACUGAAGAGGAACAUUUCUGGAUUGUUUCUGCAGAUUUUUAAUCAAGCUUUUCUGGGGAUCUCUACUAUCAAGUUCAGGUCAGGUUCGGUGGUGGUAGACUCGACUGUGAUUUUCCGGGAGGGUGCUGUCAGUGCCUCGGAGGUGAAGUCACAGCUUUUACAGCAUGAAAAGGAGGCAGAAGACUAUAAUCUGGCUAUUUCAAAAAUCAAUGUGAAUGAGAUGCAGUUUUCUUCCUCGGCCCAGUCUUGGCCUGGGGUACCAGGCUGGGGCAUCGCCCUGCUGGUGCUGGUCUGCAUUUUGGUUGCUUUGGCCAUCAUCUAUCUCAUUGCUUUGGCAGUGUGUCAGUGCCGCCGAAGGAACUAUGGGCAGCUGGACAUCUUCCCAACCCAGGACACCUACCAUCCUAUGAGUGAAUAUCCCACCUACCACACUCAUGGACGCUAUGUGCCCCCUAGCAGUACCAAACGUAGCCCCUAUGAGGAGGUUUCUGCAGGUAAUGGCGGUAGCGGCCUCUCUUACACCAACCCAGUAGUGGCAACCGCUUCAGCCAAUUUGUAGGGACAAGUCACCAGCUCAGGGGGCAGCUGCGCAGUCUGCUUCCUCUGUCUUCACUGCCAGGCCCCUGCCGGCACACUGAUCUGGGCUGGUGAGCCAGAGUUCUGAUAGGCUGCUCACAGCCCUCCUGAGACUCUUGUCAAGUGUCUCAACCAUCAUAGCCUGGUGAAGCCCAGCCCUGCCCUGGGGGACACUCUGGGGCAGUGGGGGCUCUCAGAAGGACUGGCCUAGAAAGGCUGGAGACAGGGAUGGAAACCCAAACCUGGCUGAAUAAAAGGUGGCCUCCUGUUA